AUGGAUUUUGAUGGGAUUCCCAAGUGCAUCCUCCAUAGCGAAGCUCUCAAGAAGUACAUCUUAGAUACAAGCGUGUACCCAAGAGAGCAUGAACAACUCAAGGAAAUCAGAAAGGCCACUCUUCAGAAGUAUGGGCAUAUGAGCAUCAUGAACGUGGCAGAAGAUGAAGGGCAAUUCCUGUCAAUGCUUUUAAAGAUCAUGAACGCCAAGAAGACAUUAGAGAUCGGGGUCUUUACGGGUUAUUCUCUUCUCACCACUGCUCUGGCGUUGCCUGACAAUGGCAAGAUAAUAGCAAUAGAUCCAGACAAAGAAGCCUUUGAGGUGGGAUUGCCGUUUAUCAGAAAAGCUGGUGUGGAGCACAAGAUCAACUUCAUUCAAUCAGAUGCUAUGCCUGUCCUGAACGAAAUGUUGAAGAAUGGUAAGCAAGAGGAUGGUUUCGAUUUUGUGUUUGUGGAUGCUAACAAGGAAGCCUAUUUGAGAUAUCACGAGGCUGUGAUAAAUUUGGUUAAGGUUGGAGGAAUUAUCGCAUAUGACAAUACAUUGUGGUUUGGCUCAGUUGCACUUGCAGAAGCAGAUGAGAUGCCACCAUUUAUCAAGAAGGACAGAGGCACCAUAAUGAAGUUGAACAGCUGUUUGGCCUAUGAUAAUCAAAUUGAAAUAUCUCAUGUUUCCAUUGGCGAUGGGCUUACUUUGUGUAGACGUUUGUAUUAACAUGUUAAAAGAAGUUUUCUUGU